AACGUCCUUUGUUAGCCUGCGGAACUUGUUGUUUCUCCUCUAUAACGCCCCCUCUUUGGGCCUGUCUCUUUUAGUCCAGACUAUCAGUCAUAUCUGCCUCUUCCUGAUCUUUGUUGGGGUUGCCUCGGAGUUUGCCUAACCCCCUGUUUCCCAGAAGCACGGUUCAAGUCACCCCUCCUAGUGACGCCAACGCUAGUAUUUAUUGUCAAAAGUCUCCCAGGCAGACUGCUUCUGCCACCACACCACACACCAUGGACUCGAUGAGAUCCCUAAACACGUCACUGCCCAGCUCCACGCCUCGGCCACAACCUCCUGAGCAGCUCCUACAGUCGUUCAAGGCUGCUGCUCUCUCCGUCACGAAUCUCUACAAGAAUGCUGUCUACGAACAGUCGCAAGCCAAGCAAGCUGGAUACCAAGAAGCAAUUGAGGAUCUACUACACUUUCUAGAUCGGGAGAACCUCGGUCUUGGAGACGGGGAGGGCUGGAAAGUUCGGCAAUGGGCCACGGAACGGAGUGAUGGAAGUGGUGCCCCUAGCGACGAUGAUGAGGUUGAGAAACAAACCAGAGGCGCAACGCCGGCUGCCACCCGCAAGGCACAGCCAGAAUCCGAACCGAUCCGACAGCCUUCCAAGUUAUCGUCGGAGGAGCAAGCUCCAGCUCCGCCGCAGCAACAGCUGCCAACACCUUCGACCCCUCAUGCCUCUGAAUCAAACGACUUCGAUCGUCCAACUAUCUUCACGUUUACUGCCGGGCCCACUUUUCCGCAAUUCCCAGAACAAGACAUGGACAUGCAAACCACCGACAGUUCGACUCCAGCGUCUCAAGAUGGUGCCCCGGUCAGCGUCUCCGUUUUGCCUCGAAACGCCCGGCAACAGAAUCGUCAUAAUAACUUCACCCGCUCAAACACUCGGUCGUCCCCUCAUGAACCGUCCGUCGGGAUCGGUUCGAAACGAAAGCUGAACGUGCCCGAUUUCUUCGACUUGUCUGGUCUAGGCAAUCGAGACAUAUUUGGGGGCGGCAAACGUGGCCGCUUCACCUAGAAAAUAUGGUAUCGACGAAUAGACGAGCAUAUAUUCUCACGGUCACGCAGCGGUCAAUUGCAUUCUUUGUGGUUUCUUCUUUGUUUCUCUUUCGGUGCAUUAGUAGGAGUAUUGCAUGUGGCCCUUUGGUGGGCCACGGGUCAUCUUUCCGCAGUCAUCUUCAUUCUAUCCUUGUGCUCAUAUUCUCUUUGCUUACACCUUUUCCUUGUCAUAUCCCAUUUCCUUCGGUCAUCAUUACUAUUUAAAUAUAGAGGUUAUCAGACAUGGCGAUACCCGGUGAGGCGGCUAGUGUUAUAUUAAUCGUACGAUCCUUUCUAUAUACUGCUUUGUACAUGUUUAUUAGUGGUGAAGCGCUUGACUUGAUGUGCAUUCCCGUUACCAG